ACUCACUUCAGUCUUCAGUUAACUCUCAACGUGAACACUUUAUUUUUGCUGGUUAAGAGUGGUAAAUGUUUAACUCAAGAUAGUUUUGUUUGUUUGUUUUGUUUCUCUUUCUCUCUCUCUUACUCUCUCACCAUUUUAAUUUGUCUCGUGAUCUCUCUCUGUCUAUUAAAGAGUGUCUCUUUCUACCUGUGUGAUUUGUUAGUUCAAUUUUGUAGUCAUCAAAAUUGAAAUAAUGGUCGCAAUUAAAGGAUUAACCAUUGACUUUCUCGAUGAUGAACCAACCCUUGAAAAGGCUGGUUACAUAUUUUAUUCUGGUUUUAAAUAUGGAGUCAACAAAAAUGUGCAAAAACGGAUUAAAGUGAAUCAAUUUUUCUUUGUUCGGAUUAGUCGUCAUGAUGAUCCAUGUAUUGGUGAACUUGUUUCCAUUUGGAAAGAUAAAUUUAGGGAUACCAUGUUAUCUUCUGUUCGGUUAUACUUUUUACCAGAACAAACUCCUGAUGGAAGACAAUCAAAUCAUGGUCAGCAUGAAGUAUUAGCUGCAUCAGAACCAGUAAUUUUAAGAUUAAAUGACCUGGUCUCAUGGAUAACCGAUGAAGUUGAUUGGGUUACCGGUCUUGAAGUGCCUUAUUCAUCAAAUAAAAUUGAUCCUCCUGCCUUCACCUUACCUUUCCUUAAUUUGAUUAAUAAACAAAUUACUCUGGGUUAUCAUAACUGUAACCCUCAUCAUUCAACUAACCAUGAAAUUGACAAUGAUGUAAAAAUGAACCAAGUUCAACUUGAACAGCAAUCAAAUGAAGAACCAGAAAAUCAGUCGACAAUUGUUGUCCUCUCUUAUCCACAAUAUUGCCGUUAUCGAGCUGUUCUUAAAAAAAUGGAAGAAAAUUUUAAAGAAAAGGAAAAUAUUUCAGUUAAUUGUAAAGUGACUAAAUCAACAUUAACAUUGCCAACCUCAUUACCAACAUCACCAUCAAAUAAUCAAACUUUAUCAACCAGUGCAAUUGUUGAAUCCGAUAAAUGUAAAAUUUAUCCCAACAUUAGGAUACUCUUUUGCCGGGAAACAUUUGAACAUGAAGGACUUUUGCAUCAUGAUCUUAACUGUGAACAUUUAGCUCCUAAAUUGAAAGGCCGUCCUCGUAAACGCGGUGGUUCCUCUGUUACUAUGAAUGCUUCUGCUGCCAAAACAAGCAGCCAUUCAAGUUCAUCCCAAGAUUCAGAUACUUCAGAGGAAAAUAGUAAACAAGAUUCAUCUCGGGUUCGUUUACCACGUAAAACAAGUGCAACCACCAACAAGGUUAAAUCGCAUGAAGUUGAUUGCGCUUUCCAAGGAAACAGGAAUAAUGUUACAUCUAAGUAUAAGUCAACGACAUCACCAAUGUCAGCUAAAUUGGCUGAAAAAUGUCUUAAAAGUGAGACAGAAUUUAUGAAACAAUUGAACAAGUUCAUGAAAGAGCGGAAUACACCCAUCACAAGGAUACCUCAUCUUGGUUUCAAGAAAAUUGACCUAUUUUACUUGUUCACCUUAACUCAGAAACUUGGAGGCUAUGAAAGGAUUACCAAGCAAAGGAUAUGGAAAAUUGUUUAUGAUCGCCUUGGCGGUGACCCGAGAAGCACUAGUGCGGCAACUUGUACGAGAAGGCAUUUUGAAAGGUUGCUGUUGCCUUUUGAGAGGCAUUUGAAUGAAGCUCGAGGAAUCAAAACUAAUCGUCGAUCGACUCGGGGUCGAUCAAUAUCUCCACUUGGAUCACCCGAGCUAUCGACUAAAGGUGGAGAGGGUCUCGAUGAUGAUCAGUCAAUUGCAAGUGCAACUUCAAUGGUAACUGAAGAACGAAAAGGACGUCGAGGUCAUCAUCGUCAUCGCCAUAGACGGCAAGGUGUUCGUCAGUCUAAACGGUUACAGCAAGGCAGUUCAUCGAGUGCUCCUGCUACGGUUGCUGCUGCCUCGACUAAUGGGUCAACCUCGUCUGCAACCGAUGACGAUGAAAGUGAAUCAUUAAACAGUGAGUUGCAUGAAGAAGAGGCUAGCAAGUCAUCUAUUGUUGAUGGUUGUUCGGUUGAAGCCGAGUUGGUUAAAAGUGAGGAAAGUCAAUCUGGUCAAUCGGAACGGAAAAUUGAUAAAGACUCUAAUAAUUGUUCGGAUGAUGAAUUGUCAUCUAGAAAUGGUUUGCCUAAUCAGAGUCGAGAUGAGAGUCAAGUUGAGUGUAAAGAUGAAAAUGAACGGAAAAGUUUAACUUGUCCUGUUAAAUCAACAGCCAGUCCAAGUGUUGAAGAUAAUUUAAACUGUUCACAAUCAGAGCGUAAACCAACCUCUCAAAUGUCAGCUGUUGGUGUUGAGGAAAACAUGGAAAUAGAUAAAGUAUCAAAUUUUGAGACAACUGAUGAUGUUAAACCUGGUUCAUCCAUGGUCAACUUGGAUGGUGCAGAUGAGGUGAAAAAUGAUGCCAAUAAAGAUUUAAAUGAAACGAAAGUUGAUAAAAUUGAAUUAAAGUCGGUCAAUAGUGAACUUGAUGGAGACGAUAUGAAACCAAUCAAAAGUGAAGUUGAAUCAAAGUCAGCUGAUGAGAUAUCUGCUGAUGAGAAGGUUAAUUGCUUGAAAAGUAACAAGUGUAACGAUGAUGAUACCAAUAAUGAUAAGAGGGACAAAAAUUUAACCACCGGAACUGAUGACUGUGAUACCGAUGAUAAUGUUGAAGUUGAUUUAAACUUAUCUAAGUCAGAUAAAUUAAGCACUGCUAAUGGUGCUGUUAAUGUCGAUACAAACAAUGCUGCUUCACCCUUAUCGUCUAUAUCAACACUUAUUUCAGCAAUGGAUGCUGCUAAACAACAACAGCAAGUUCAUUUGACAAGAGAAAUGAAAGUUGAAAGCAAUGAAAGUGAAACAAUACCACCAGUAAAUGGUAUUAAAAAGGCCAAUUUAAAUGUUAAAUCAAAUUCUGUUGCUGCCACGGUUAAUGCAACGGUCAAUAAUUCACUUAAUGUCAGUUUAAAUUCAAAUGUAACAAAUACAACCUCUGGUCGACCAAGUGUUAUCCAUAAAACACCGUUAAAGCCUUGUGUAAAGGUUGUUCCAACUUAUAAAGACAAUCCAAUCGAUGGUUUACCCAAAGACAAUUCCCUGCUCAAAAAGCCAUGUUUACCUCCUAUUGCUCAUGCAGCCACCUUCUUACCCUCUCCAUGGUAUACACAACAAAUACCCUUUACCAGUGGAUCUUCAUCAACCUCAUCUUCAGUCACUAAAAGUACCAAAUUAACACCCAACUUUACCUCCUCUUCAUUGAAACGUAAAGUUGCUCCUUCUUCACACCAGGAUUCACUGUUGCUACCUUUGGAUUUAACUGUCAGUAAAAAGAGGAUUGUUGAAGUUGAUCGAAAGGUUGUUACACCAAAAGACAAAGUGACCUCUGAGGACACCUCACCAUCAACCAUACUUGAUUUAAGUGCUAAAGUACGAGUUAAAGAAUGCAAAUCUGGUAAAAAUUCUGGUUUACAAGUUAUCCAUAACUCUAUGGAUAGUAAUAACAACAUCAACAACAAUACCAAUAAUAGUAUUCAUCGUUCUGCACAUCAACAUGCUGCUAAUAACAAUGCUGUUAUAAAUUCAGUCCCUAAAGUGCCAAAGAGUAAUAAUAGUAAUUGUAAUUCUAAUAGUAAUACUAAUAGUAAUAAUAGUAAUAGUAAUAAUAAUGUUAAUAUUAAUGUUAAUUAUGAGCGAACAACAUUAAAAAGCAAUUCAUCCAAAGCUGCUGUUAACCAUCAAACCCAAAACCAACAGCAACAGCAACAACAACAACAACAACGACAUGUUAACCCAUCGCCAUUGCCUGUUUCUUCACCAGUGGCUAUUACUGGGACAACAUCGACACCCAAACAUCAUUCCUCUUCACAAAGUAACCACAAAACUAUCUCCAAUUCAAAUCGAUCUCAACUGAUUAAAUCAAGUCCUUCACCCAAUGCCUUGAAAAUGAAAGAUAAAUCAAAUCAUUCAGCAUCAUCGGUCACUAACUCUGGGUCUGGUCUGAAAGAUCUCAAUCAGCAACAGCAACAUUUAAUUCAAACACACCUUAAUGGUCUCUCUAACCAUCAACAUCAUCAACACCACCAACGCCGUCAGCAACAACAGCAACAACAACAACAACAACAACAACCUCUUUCAUCCCACCAUCAUCAAGCACAACAGCAACACCAACAAUUACCUCUAUUACCACCUGGCUUUCCAUUUUCACCCUCUGAAUUGUCCGCCGCCAAUCGAGAUGUACAAUCUAAAUUACAAUCUUCAAAUACUCUUAAUCAAUUACGUGCAAUGGUUACACCGGAAAACUUUGCCUUGGCUUCACAAACGAUUGCUCAAGAAAUUGCUUUCCGUGAAAUGGAACGACUUCAUCCCAAUCUAGCCAAACAAAUGAGCUCGGCUGCCGCUGUCCUAGGCUAUCCAGCGGGUUUCCAUCCCAUGUUAAACUCUGUCCAUCGGCCAACCGUGCCAUCUUCACCCUCAAUCUCAGAAUACAAUCCAACUUUACCCUCUUUCCUUCCCUUUUUCAACUCUUUUCCCACCGCUGCUGCUGCUGGAAGUGGAACCCAAACAAAUUCAAAUGGAAACGGAUCCGGGCCUAACAUGAAUAUGAAUGCCAUGGCUGCCGCUGCCGCCGCAGCACUGGCUUCUGGUCACUUCUUUAACCCUGCUAUGCUGGGUCAACAAGGAGGCGUCUCUGGCUUUUCACCCUUAGAGUUACUUGGCGAUGAAAGGUUUUCCGCUGCUGCUGCCGCUGCUGCUGAAAAUGAUGCUCGAUGGAGAGGCUGGUUUGAAUGAAACUCGAACAAUUUGAACAAUUUACAAAUUUUAAAUCCCACAAAAGUCAUCAUGAACCAUAAUGAAAUCAUCAUUAAUCAUCAACUGAUCGUCAUUUCUUUCAUUAUUUAAUUUUACUGAUAAUUACUGAUUGUUACUGCCUCUAUGAGCAAAUGAAAAAUUACAUUAAUCUAUACAUAAAUGUCAAAUAAAUUUACAAUAAAUAGAGUCAAAACAUCAAA